AUGGCCUCGGAAGACGUGACGUGGGAAGGCCAAGGGUAUAAUGGUACCGAUAAUCAGCAGCGAGAACAACAGCAACAGCAAGUUGAUAAUAUUACCCAAGAUUCCCACAUCUCUGCUGAUGCAGAAGAAGAAGAAGAAGAAGAAGAAAGUGUCCAAGAUGAUGGUGCCGACUAUGAUCCCGAAUCCGUCUCCUUUGACCCUCCCUUCCAAGUCCCUGACCCUGAUCCCGCUCCCGCCUCCUCCGCUCCCGCUCCUGCUGUCGCCCCCGGAGCAGAUGCCCGGACAAAGACACAGUCCCAGCGCCCCAAGCCUAAAAUGUCCGGAGGCUUCGUAGUCGAGGCCUCUGAUGAUGAGGAGGAAGACGAUGAUGACGACGACGACGAAGAGGAGGACGACGACGACGGCGGCGACGAUGACGGCGACGGCGACGACGGCAAUGGCAAUGGCAAUGCCAAUACGCCGCAGACCGACGCUGCCGUCGCUGCCGUCGCUGCCACCGAAAACAAUGGUACCAGUGUGCCGACUCGGAGCCAGAAUCAGACGGCUCAAGCGCAGCCGCAGCAGCAGCAGCAGCACGGAAUUCCCGUUGCCAGUCGCAGCGUCUCAGUCAUGCCCGCGCCCGCGCCCGCGCCCGAAGCCAGAAUACCCGAACCCCACGUGCCCGUCGGCAUCCCCACCGUCGCCGGUCUCGAUCCGACCGUCAUCCUCGAGGCCCGCAUAAAGGAGGAUCCCAGGGGCGACAUGGACGCGUGGCUGGGCCUCAUGGCCGACCACAGGCGUAGGAGCAGCGUCGACGCCCUGCGCAGCGUCUACAACCGCUUCCUCGAAGUGUUUCCCCAAGCUGUAAAGUCAACUCCCGCCGACAUAUGGGUGGAGUGGAUCGACAUGGAGCUGGGCCUCGACCAGUUCGCCGCCGCCGAGCAGCUGUUUGGCCGGUGCCUGAUGGCGGCCCCCAACGUGCGCCUGUGGACGGUGUACCUCAACUACAUCCGCCGCCGGAACGACCUGACCAACGACGCCAGCGGUCAGGCUCGACGGACCGUCGCGCAGUCGUACGAGUUCGUCAUCGACAACAUCGGCGUGGACCGGGACUCGGGCCCCAUCUGGCAGGACUACAUCCACUUCAUCAAGAGCGGCCCCGGCCAGAUCGGCGGCGCCGGGUGGCAGGACCAGCAGAAGAUGGACCAGCUGCGCAAGGCCUACCACCGCGCCAUCACGGUGCCCAUGUCGGCCGUCAACAACCUGUGGAAGGAGUACGACCAGUUCGAGAUGGGGCUCAACAAGCUGACCGGCCGCAAGUUCAUCCAGGAGCGCUCCCCCGGCUACAUGUCGGCCAAGAGCGCCAACAUCGCGCUGGACAACAUCACGCGCGGCCUGAAGCGCACCAACCUGCCCCGCCUGGCCCCGGCCCCGGGAUUCGACGGCGACGCCGAGUUCCGGGAGCAGGUCGACAUCUGGAAGAGGUGGAUCGCCUGGGAGAAGGAGGACCCGCUGGUGCUCGCCGCCGACGAGCCCAAGGUGUUCCGCCAGAGGGUCAUGUACUGCUACCGGCAGGCCCUCAUGGCCCUGCGCUUCUGGCCCGAGAUCUGGGUCGACGCGGCCGAGUGGUGCUUCGGAAACCAGGUGCGCGACCCCGGCAGCAAUGCCGAGAGGGAUGCCGGCACCGACAUGCUGGUCCAGGGCCUGCUGGCCAACCCGGAGAGCGUCCUGCUCGCCCUCAAGCACGCCGACCACGUCGAGGCCAACUACCCGGCCAAGGAGGGGGACAUUGCCGAGUACGCCAAGGCGGUGCGCAAGCCCCUCAACGACGUCCUCGACACCCUGUACAGGAUGGGCGACAAGGUCAAGGAGCGCGAGAAGCUCGAGAUCUCCACCAUCAGACAGGCUGCCGCCUCGACCAGACCGUCCAUCGAGCAGGACGGCGACUACGACGGCGACGACGACGACAACAACGGCGGCGGCGGCGGCGAAGGCGAUGACGACGACGACGACGACGACAACGACGACGGCGACGGCUAUGUCGGCGGCGGCAACAGGGCGUCGGCCGAAGCGACAGAGUCCCGCAUCCAGGCCAUACAGAGGGGCUACGCGGCCGAGAGCCAGGUCCUCUCCCGCACCAUCUCGCACGUGUGGAUCGCCAUGGCGAGGGCCAUGAGGCGCAUCCAGGGCAAGGGGAACCAGACGGACGGCGGCCUCAGGUCCGUGUUUACCGAGGCCAGGCACCGGGGCAGGCUCACCAGCGACGUCUACGUCGCCGUCGCGCUGCUCGAGUCGGUCGUCUACAAGGAUCCCGUCGGCGCAAAGAUCUUUGAGAGGGGGGCUAGGCUGUUUCCCAACGAUGAGGGGUUCAUGGUGGAAUAUCUGAGGUUUCUGCAUUCGAGAGAUGAUACGACCAACGCUCGUGUCGUGUUUGAGACCUGCGUCAACAGGUUGGUCUCCAAACCGGAAACGCUCCACAAGGCCAAACCGCUCUACGCAUACUUUCACAAGUACGAAUGCCAGUUUGGCGAGCUGUCCCAGAUCUCCAAGCUCGAGGACCGCAUGGCAGAGCUGUUUCCCGAGGACCCGCGACUCAGCUACUUCACGGCACGCUACUCAACCGAAAAGUUCGACCCGGUAGCCGUACCCAUCAUCAUCUCCAAGGCCGUGCAGAUGCGCCCGAAGCUGGCCGGUGCUCCUGCGACUGAUCAGCAGCACCAGCAGCACCAGCAGCCGAAGCAGCACCAGCAGCAGAAGCAGCAGCCGGUGUCCGGACGCGACAGCCCCCUUCCACCCCCGACCAUGCCACCGAUCCCGCACGCAAACAACGCCAGGCAGCAGAGCCCCCGCCCUCAGUACGUCUCGGCCAGGGCCACGGCCUCACCUAAGCGGCCGCUGGGUGCGGUGGAGGACGAGGAGCUCAACCCGCCCAAGAGGCUGGCCAGGGGCGCGUCGCCGCUCAAGGGCGCGGCGGGACGACGGCUGGACCAGCAGCGACGCAACCAGGCGUCGGCGCUCCACCGCGACAUCAGCUUUCUGCUGACCAUCCUGCCGCCGGCGCACACGUACGACUCCCAGAGGCUCAAUGCAGCCGGACUGACGAAUCUCCUACGAGAGACUACGCUUCCGGAAUCGGCGGUCUGGAAUGCCAAGCUCGGACAGCAGCAGCAUCAGCAGCAUCAUCAGCAUCAGCAUCAGCAUCAGCAGAACAGCAGGCAGACCACGCCAGGUGCGGCGGCGGCGGCGGCGGCGGCGGCGGCGGGCGGCGGCGGCGGUCACGGGCGUCAGCCGUCGGCCGACUUUGCUGGCGGCUCCGGCAGCAGCAGACCCAUCAGUCCGUACGGCAGGCUGCAGUCGGCCUCGGGUACCGGGUAUCGAAACUCCCCGCUCGGCUACGCGCCGCCUCCUGGGCCUGAUGCUGGUGCCGGUGGCGGGUGGCCUGCUCCUGCUGGGGGUUACGGAGCUCCUCCGUCUCAGGGACAGUACGGGUAUAGGUAUUGA